CCAUCCCAUGUAUAAAGACGUCACCCUCUGCUUGGACUGUCUGAGCCAGCUAAGUGCGCAGCUUUUAACUGUACAACUACAAUCUCAGCAUGCGGACGGAUAACCUAGGAAUCUUUGGAUCUCUUUGGCUAGUGACUACAUAUGCGUGGACCUUAUUUAAUACGUCGAGUCUGUAGCGAAGAUAGCGUUAUCUUAUUAUAGUGGAGGUGAAACGGCGAGUUCUGAUCAACGCGUCACUGACGGGCUCUAUCACUACAAAUAGGAGGCAGGACACGAGGAUUCUCGAAGGCCUACUUUGUCACACGCAAUGUCGCACUGGCCAGGUUGUAAUUUAAAGGUAUUUUUAAGCCUGACCACAAUUUUGUUUGACAAACAGAGGGGGGCAGUCGUCUGCACACACGGAUCAUGGAAGAUGGUCUGGAGGCUUUGGCCUACCCCCCAGCCCUGGCCCCAACCCCCGACCCAGCCUGUGCCCCAGCCUCUGCCCUAGCUUCUGCCCUGGCCUCUGCCCCGGCCCAGGCCUCAUCACUGGCACCAGCCUCAUCUCCAACCCCAGCCCAAGCUCCAUGCCCAGCCCCAGCCUCGGACCAGGAACCUCACUCUGGACCAAACAGCCCUUCUAGCAGCCUGGUAGAGUGGAGGAAGAGGGUGAAGUCAGAGUACAUGCGACUUCGUCAGCUGAAACGACUUAAGAAAGCAGAAGAGGUCAAGGCCCUGUUCAUGUCCAACCGGCAGAAGAUUGAGGAACAGACAAACUUACUGAAUACAGAGUGGUCCAAGCUCAGGGUCCAGUCCAUUCCUCUGUCCACCUCUGGUGGAGCUCAGCCCAGCAAGAAGAUGUGCAUGGUGGAGUUUGGCUUCCCAGCGUUCAAAGCCCAGGCGGUUGCCAUGCGACCCCUGACGACAGUGGCUGGAAUCCCCUUCAUGUAUUCCUGGUCUCCUCUGCAGCACAACUUCAUGGUGGAGGAUGAGACGUUCCUGCACAACAUCCCCUACAUGGGGGAUGAGGUGUUGGAGCAGGAUGAGGCCUUCCUGGAGGAGCUCAUCGACAACUACGACGGCGUCCACGGAGACAGACAGGGGGGGUUCAUCAACGAUGAGAUCUUUAAAGAGCUGGUGGAGGCCCUGAGCCAAUACUCAGACCAGGAGGACGACGAGGAGGAGGGCGGGGAGGAGAGAGGGAAGAAAGAGGAGGAGAGGGGGAAGAAAGAGGAGGAGAGAGGACUGAGGAGGGGGACAACGGAAGGGUCAGAGGAACCAAAGGCAGCCGUGGCCUUCCGCAGGAGGAAGAGGAGGAGCUUGACUGAGGUGAAAGAUUUGUCCACCAGUAAGAAGAUCCCAAACGAUAAGAUAUUCACAGCCAUCGCCUCAAUGUUCCCCUACAAGGGCACUAUGGAGGAGCUCAAAGAAAAGUACAAGGAUCUGUUGGAGCCCCCCAACCGGGUCAAGCUGCCCCCCCUCUGCACCCCUAACAUGGAUGGGCCCUUUGCCAAGUCUGUACAGAGAGAGCAGUCCCUUCACUCCUUCCACACUCUGUUCUGCAGGCGAUGCUUCAAAUACGACUGCUUCCUGCACCCUUUCCAUGCCACACCUAAUGUUUACAAGAGGAAAAGCAAGGAGAUUCGCAUCGAGACCGAGCCUUGUGGCGCGGACUGCUUUCAGCUACAGAAAGGGGCCAAAGAGUUUGCAGAUCAGCACAUGCUGCGUUCCCAGAGGUCUCGGCGGCGGGGGAAACAGAACCGCCUCGCCAGCGCCAGUUGUGCUGGCCCCUCUGCCGCUACUGAGGAGGCCAAGGAUGGUGACAGUGACCACGAGACAACCAGUUCCUCAGAGGGAAACUCUCGUUGUCAGACCCCCACUAAGAUGCGGGGUCCGGGGGAGGAGGAGGCUGGACAGGCUGGAGGACCGGGCCAGUGGGGCGGCGCUGAGGAGUCUCUCUUCAGAGUGCUCCAUGGCACUUACUACAACAACUUCUGCUCAAUCGCACGCCUCAUCGGCACCAAGACCUGCAAGCAGGUGUAUGAGUUUGCAGUGAAGGAGGUUCUGAUCCACCGUGUGCCCUUGGACGAUGGUGGCAUCUCCCCUCAGAAGAAGAAGAGGAAACACAGAUUAUGGGCAAAGAUCCAGCUCAAGAAAGACAGCUCCUCCAACACAGUGUACAACUACCAGCCGUGUGACCACCCAGACCACCCAUGUGACAGCUCCUGUCCCUGUGUGAUGACACAGAAUUUCUGUGAAAAGUUCUGCCAGUGUGAGCAGGAGUGCCAGAACCGGUUUCCAGGCUGCCGGUGCAAGACCCAGUGCAACACAAAGCAGUGCCCUUGCUACCUGGCUGUGCGGGAGUGUGACCCGGAUCUGUGCCAGACCUGUGGGGCUGCAGACCACUGGGACAGCAAGGUGGUCUCCUGCAAGAACUGCAGCAUCCAGAGAGGCCUCAAGAAGCACCUCCUACUGGCGCCGUCGGAUGUUGCAGGCUGGGGUACCUUCAUCAAAGAGUCCGUUCAGAAGAAUGAGUUCAUCUCAGAGUAUUGCGGAGAGCUGAUCUCACAGGACGAAGCAGAUCGGCGGGGCAGGAUUUACGACAAAUACAUGUCCAGCUUCCUCUUCAACCUCAACAAUGACUUUGUUGUAGAUGCCACACGGAAGGGGAACAAAAUACGCUUUGCCAAUCACUCUGUCAAUCCAAACUGCUACGCCAAGGUUGUCAUGGUGAAUGGAGACCACCGCAUUGGGAUCUUUGCCAAACGGGCUAUCCUGCAGGGAGAGGAGCUCUUCUUUGACUACAGAUACAGCCAAGCCGACGCCCUAAAAUAUGUCGGGAUUGAGCGGGAGAUCGACGUGACCUAGCCGCAUGUGCAGAACGCCCCCUGUCAGACACCUGCUCCAUCCUUCCCACAAUGCCCGUCUCUGGUGAGAAGGACGGUGAGCUACAGAAAGGAAGAAGGAAGGGGAGGACAUAGCAACACUUGUUACAAAUGGCACUCCAGGGACGUGACACCACGCCCUCAUCAGCGAAGGUCAUGCUUCCCUGCCACAUCCUACAUCACUGACAUCAUUUCCCCUCUUAUCGCUGGAUACCCCCACCUCACAAAAUCUCUGUACCUACAAGCUAGGAAACUAAACAAGUAAUUAGGGUGGCGCCAGUACCUUCUAUAUAUUCUGUGUAACGCUUAUAGUGCACAAAGAGCAUCUUGCCAGUCUUGUUGUUUCUAUCUAGUGCAAACAAAGAAAUAAUGGUAAACCUACUAUGCAUUUCCGUGCUCUCUUUCUGUGGUUCAGUUACUGUACUUGUAUCUGGGCUUGUGUUCAACCUCUCUACAACCAGUGCUAGCUUUCAUAGUGUAUCUAAUGACGAUUUAAUACAGUGCAUGUGUUUCUCUCCGUCAGACAAGCUAUAAGCACAUUAGCUGGAGCAUCAGCUUUGCAUUGAAAUGCAUCUCUGUGGAGUUUGUUAGUGGCCCGUAAUGUUACCCUAGCUGUUACUCCUCAUUGUAGUCAGUCUGGAUGUGCUGGCUGUGGAGGUAUGGGUAUGGAUAUGCCUGCUGUGUGCUAAGCUCAGCGUGAUCUCUCUCUGUGGCAAGCAUCUACACCACUUCUUCAUUUUUAGUGAAAUAAUAACCGUGCAUUUAUAUAUCAAUGUUCUGCAGACAUAGGCAACCGUACAAGUAACCGACUGACUGAAUGUGAACUCUGGUGGUGAAGGAGGGAGACUUCUCCCCUUUUGCAGCUCCACAUCAGGCCUACCUUGGCCAUUGGUACUUCAGGCAAUGCUCCUGUUCUUACAAAAAGCACCAUUGAGUUUACAUGUCCGAUUAUCUGGCAACUUUCACAACAGUAACAACACACCAAUAGUCUUCCCUGAAAAAAAGCUCUAAGUGCCAAAUGAAUCCCAACAGAAAGCAAUGGGCUGUCUUAUGUACAGCAAUGUAUAGUGGACAGAACUGCGUUAAAGGUACUGUUACAGGUGCUUGAGGUUAACGUCAUGGGAAAAGCAAAAAUAUAUAUUUGACCAAAUGGCAAGUGCCCCACCUGGAUGUUGUGUAAACCCAUCUCUGUAAUUUCUUUAUUUUCCUGAAAUCCAGGGUUGAUAUUCCCCCAGCUUUUAUCAUAAUCCAACUUUAAAGCCUCCUUUGACAUGAGCUCUUUCUGACUGGAGCUAAAUUUGACUGAAGCAUUAUGUGAAAAUGUAUGCCUAUGAAAAUAAAACUUUAACUUUAUACAUGA